GGGCGUCAAGCGCGUGCACACGGAGAGCACCGCGCACGCCUGCGUACUAAAUUGUCAUCUUCUCUUUUUCGGCUUUCUAUUUUCGUGUACAAACGCGGGACAGUCUAAUGAACCAACAGACUGAUUUAUUUCUGCUCUAGACAGGUCGCCACUAACCCGCCCUCUGUAUAAAACCUGCGACCUUCAACUUAGAGCACAUUGCAAUUGAUUACUGGCUUAGUAUCUUUCUCAACACACGAGCAAGGUCAGCGGCCAAAAGGACCACAGCUGAAGACACAGUCUUUAUAUUAUCAAACCAAAAGCUCAGGAAGUAUUCAAAACAGCCAGCAAUGCCACCAGUUGCCGGAGGUCCCCCAGAUAUCGCUCCACCUGAUGGAGGCUGGGGCUGGGCUGUAGUGUUAGGUGCCUUUAUCUCCAUCGGAUUUUCCUAUGCAUUCCCAAAAGCAAUCACAGUAUUCUUCAAAGAAAUUCAGGAGAUAUUCCAUACCACAUACAGCGAGAUUGCAUGGAUUUCGUCUAUCAUGUUGGCUGUUAUGUAUGCAGGGGGCCCCAUUAGCAGCAUUCUUGUAAACAAAUAUGGAAGUCGACCAGUGAUAUUCAUGGGAGGCAUUCUUUGUUCAAUAGGAAUGAUUUCUGCCUCUUUCUGCAACAAUAUUAUGCAGCUUUAUGUUUGCAUCGGAAUCAUAGGAGGUUUUGGAUUGGCGUUUAAUCUGCAGCCCGCCCUGACUAUGAUUGGAAAAUAUUUCUACAAGAAACGUCCAAUUGCUAAUGGUCUAGCAAUGGCUGGAAGCCCAGUAUUCCUGAGCACUUUGGCUCCUCUUAAUCAGUACUUGUUUAAUUCAUAUGGAUGGAGAGGGAGCUUCUUAAUUUUAGGUGGAGUUCUGUUAAACUGCUGUGUUGCAGCUGCAUUGAUGAGACCAGUGGGACCAACGCCAGCUCCUGUUGUCAAAAAAGAUGUGGAAUCAGAAGUAGCAGACCCAUUACUGCAGAACAAAGUAAAUCCAACGAAGUUGACAGUAUGGCAAACUUUCAAUAAAUAUUUGGACCUAUCACUCUUCAAACACAGAGGAUUUCUCAUUUAUUUGUCUGGAAAUGUAAUUAUGUUUGUUGGCUUCUUUGCACCUAUUGUAUUUUUAGCCGCAUAUGCUAAAACCCAGGGCAUCGAUGAGUAUAAAGCAGCUUUUCUACUUUCAAUUCUAGCUUUUGUAGACAUGUUUGCUCGACCUUCUAUGGGACUGUUAGCAAACACAAAACGAGUGCGGCCUAAAAUACAGUAUUUUUUCAGCUUUGCUGUCCUGUAUAAUGGUAUAUGUCAUGUUUUUUGCCCAUUAGCAAAAGGCUAUUCUGGACUUGUAAUUUAUGCUGUGUUUUUUGGAUUUGCCUUUGGAAUGGUUAGCUCUGUUCUCUUUGAAACUUUAAUGGACCUUGUUGGAGCUAAGAGGUUCUCGAGUGCUGUUGGACUAGUCACCAUUGUAGAAUGUGGCCCCGUUUUAAUUGGACCACCACUGGCAGGCUGGUUGGUGGAUUUGACUGGCGACUAUAAAUACAUGUAUUUUUGCUGUGGAAUCAUCGUGAUCAUCGCAAGUAUCUGGUUGUUCAUUGGGAAUGCCAUCAACUACAGACUUCUGGCUAAAGAAAAACGAUAUGAGGAAGAACAGAAGGAGCCUGAAGCCAAUGUGACCAAUGGUGAAAAAAGUGCAGAAGCACCCCAGGAAAGCAAAGAAAAUGCACUUGAAAAUUUGGCUGUUAGUCCUCAGAAAAACCCAGAUGAGGCAGAUAGAGAGACAAAUAUUUAAAGGUGUAUAUUUACAAAACAGUAAGAAAUUGAAAUGGUUCCAGUGUGUUAAUGUCAAAGAUCGAGCAACUUUAAAUAAUCUUGCUCCUCUCUAUAUCAAUAAGUAUUGCUGCCAAAGUAACAGCUCUUUCUGUGUUUUUAAUUUAAAUAUUGCUGAAGUGGUUUGUAAUAUUUCAGUCAUUAAGCAGCUUGAACUAACUGUGUUUUCAGCCAUAUAAAAAUGGCUGUGCAAGUAUGAAGUAUUGGUAUUACUUUCAGAAGAUAUUGAUUUUUGUUUUGGUUUAAACAUCACCAAGCAUACCAUCAUUUCAAGAUUUCAGAGAGAAAAAUGCCUGAAUGAUUUUUAGUGUUGGAAAAGUGAAAUUCAUAUGAAUAAUUUGGAGAAGCUAUCUGCUCUA